AUGCCUCACGCGGUGAUCCUGGUUCUGCUGGCGGCCGCGGCUGCUUUGCUGGACCCCACAGCCCACGGAUGUGGUGUCCCAACGUACCCCCCGCUCGCCCGAGUAGUGAACGGCGAGGAUGCCAAACCGUACAGCUGGCCGUGGCAGGUGUCUCUGCAGUACCGGAGCGGCAGUCAGUUCUUCCACACCUGCAGCGGGAGCCUCAUCGCCGCAAACUGGGUGAUGACGGCAGGACAUUGCAUCUCGUCACUCACGUACCGGGUCGUGGUUGGCGAGUACGACCGGAGUGUGUCCGAGGGGCCGGAGCAGAUCAUUCCUAUUAACGCCGGAGACAUUUUUGUUCACCCCGGGUGGAACGAUGCCUGCGUGGCGUGCGGGAACGAUAUCGCCCUCAUCAAGUUAUCGCAUCCUGUGCAUCUUAAUGAUAAGGUGAAGGUGGGAUGCCUCCCGGGGUCCGGAGCACUUCUAUCCAAUGAGUAUCCGUGUUACAUCAGCGGCUGGGGCCGCCUGUACACUGGUGGCCCUCUGCCUGGCGUCCUGCAGCAAGCUCUCCUCCCGGUGGUGGAUCACCCCCACUGCUCCCAGACAGACUGGUGGGGUGGCACCGUGAAGGAGUCCAUGGUGUGCGCCGGAGGAGAUGCCCAGUCUGGGUGUAACGGGGACUCCGGGGGGCCCCUGAAUUGUCAAGGCGUUGAUGGUAGGUGGUACGUUCACGGUGUGACCAGUUUUGUAUCCAGUCGAGGCUGCAACACUUUCAAGAAACCUACCGUGUUCACUCGCGUGUCUGCCUUUAACACGUGGAUCCAGGAGACCAUGAGCCAAAACUCAUAGAGUGGAAGGCUGAGGAGCAGACGACACCAGUCCUAGAACGUCUCCCCCCGUCUAUACGGUGUCCGCACUUCCAUAUACCCCUCUAACAUCACGCGGAAAGCAACACAAAUGUAUCCAUUGAUCCAAAACAAAUAAAGGCUCUCUGUGU